CAAACAGAGCACGUCAACUCCUUGGUGUUCUUAAAACAAAUAGUAACAAUGUGUGGAUGUUAGAGUUCUCAACUCAGCAGCAAGUAGCCCCUCAAAAUUAAACAUCAGAGCAGUGGUUCUCAAACUCAGCUGCACAUUAGAAUCACUGAGGGAGUUUUAAAGAAACCUCAACAUCCAAGCCAUUCCCCAAACCAGUAAUACAGAAAUUCUAGUGGGUGGACGCAGGCAUCGGUAUUAUUUUAAAGGCCUCCCAGGUUAUUCCAAGUUUGAGAAUCACUAAUGCACAGUGCGCAUGUCCACAAGUGCUCCUCGACCCUAACUGGACACCAGAAUCACCCAAGGAACAGAAACUACUGUCCUCUCCAGUAAGUCAAAGACUUCGACUUUUUUUUUAAUGAAAAAACAUUCUUUUUGUUUGUUUGUUUUGUUUAAGCUCCCAGAUGAUUCUUAUAUGUUAGCCAGGGCUAGAAACAACUAGGUCACACUAUACAGUACACACUUAGCUCUAUUUAAGCAACCACUGCAGACUUAAAACAUCCCCCAGCGGAACUGUUCCUAUGCCAGUGAAAAACUGCACCCAUGUUGGAAGAGGGGAGAAUUCCACUAAAAUCUAAAAAAUGUUUAGGUUAAAAGUUGGGUUUUCUUACUUUAAAGGUAAUAAUUUUAAUUUUUUAUUUCAAUGUAUAAAUUCCUGUUUUACCUUUGUUAGUGUUUUGAUCUAUAGCUGAAUGGAAAGAGAAAAUAUGAAGAAUUUUAUGUGUAACAUGAUAAUUUGGAUAUUUUCUGUGAUUGAGGAAAGCCCUUAAAACCGUGCUUUAUUUGGCACUAUAUGAUAUAGGAACAAAAUUUGAAAAAGUUUGGCUCUGAUAUAAAAAUGAAUCGUGUUCAUGGAUACAAUUCUCAACAAUUCUAAAACAUUCUAGAACUGAACUGAAGGCAUCAUAAAGAGGCUGAAACUAACCAAUUCCGUAACUAGUUUCCCCUGACCUCUUAAGUCCUCGCUCUUAAGUUUUUCUCAUGGGAAACACCACCAAGAGGGGCAGCAGGGAGCUGGCCACUGACGGUGCCAAGUCACUGGAAGAAGGCCCAUCUGCAGCACUCCACACUCAACUCUACGAAGCCAUAAUGAGACAAGACUGCCCUGCGAUCCAGGCACUGCUACGAAGCCACCCCGUCGAUCAGCCCCUAGCUGUUCUGGCGAGCUCCACCAGCUACAGAUUACCUGGGAACCAGCAGACACAGUCCAUCAUCCCCAUUCAUCUGGCUGCUGAAUACCGCAAGGCACAAAGUUUGCGCUGUUUGCUAGAACAUGGCGCGGACCCAGAAAUCAGGGACACAAGAGGCCUCACCACACUUCACCUGAUGCUACUGCACUGGCCGGUCACUUCUAGCACAUGGACAAAACCGGGGAACAGAAUCCAGAGGCUGCUGACAGACAUUCAGAAUAACGCCAUGACGUGUCUCCGCAUUGUGUGUGAGCACGGAGCUCAAGUGAAUGCUCGAGUGGACAACAGCCACAAGCUUUCACCCCUGCACCUGGCCGUAACAUAUGGGACCUACCCCGUGCUCACCAUCUUAGCCCAAAAUGGUGCCCAUGUCAACGCCAUUAAUGAAUCCAGUAUGACACCCCUUCACAUGGCUGCAGCUAUACUGAAUAAGGAGAUGAUGGAAACGCUAAUCGCCUGCGGAGCAAAUGUCAACUGCGCCAUCUCAUCCACCGGGAACACAGCCCUUAAGCUGGCAGUGUGCACAGCGUCCAGCAAAGCCGGACGCCUGCUGGCAGCGGGAGUCAGCUGCAUCCGUCUGCUGCUGACUCACGGAGCCCAGGUGAACACCCAGGACCACGAAGGCCUAACAGCCAUCCACGAGGCAUGUUUCGGAGGCAGAGGGGCGAUAAUCCACCUCCUUCUGGAAUUUGAAGUGAAUGUUAAUAUCUUAACGAGAAAUGGGGCAUCUCCGAUCCACAUGUAUCUGCAGCGCAGGGCCAACGUGAGAGACACCGCACUCCUCGCCAAGCUGCUCUACCACUCCUAUCCUUUGCGACUGACCAAUAACCAAGGAAUUCUGCCUGCAGGAAUCAUGCUACCGGAGUUCGAGCUCUUAAAGGAAACCCUAUUCAAGUUAUCUCAAAAACCAUUAUCCCUAGAGGACAUCUGUAAAAGAAACAUCAGAAAUAUUUACGGCAAGAGAUACAAGGAACACGUGAAACACCUUCUCCCGGAGAAGAUGUGGAGCUCUGUAUACGGGUAUUAUGACUUAGCUGGCCUCUUGAAAUAAGACCUCAAAGUUUCACAGUGCCAAAGAGUUCCAGUAACUCCCAUCGCAUUUGCUGGCUAGACACGUAUCCAGAAAUACUCAACCUCGUUGCCUUCUAAGUGUCAGUUGUACAAACCACUGGUUCUUAAAUCUUUUUCAAAAAAUAAAAUGAUCUGCAUAUUCACGUGUUUCUAAAUAGUCUGUGAAAUGCAUCUUUCAUGAUUUAAUUUUGGUCCAAAAAGUAAGCAAAUUAAUUUAAAACUCUCAGAAAAGAAGUAAAUAUAUUUUCUCUCUUUCUUGAUGGCCUUUUGUGGAUAAAAACUGGAAUAGUCAUUAUAGAUUUUUCAAACAGCAGAAAAAAUUGUCCCAUGUUAAAUUUCCUUUAAGAUGGAUAAUUAUAGAAACAGGUUUGCCCUCUAUGGCUGAAAUAAUAGAUAAGUCAGCAUUAAAUACAUUUAGCACCAUCAACUAUAGUAGUACUCAGUCAGACAUACUUACUACCUGAAAAACAGUGAGAAUUUCUAAUGCCCAAAGAUUACUGUUUUUAAAUUCAAGUUUUCAUGUUCUGGACCUAUAAAACAAUGACGUAUAUGAAAAUAAUGAUACCCUUCUAAGUUGAUGAACUAAGAUACAUAACUCCAUUUAAUUCAAAGAACCGACACCAAGUCACCCCUGAUAAGCUUUCCAUGACUUCAUCUCCCCC